AUGUCUAAGGACGGCAAUCAUAGCGCAAAGAAAAGCACCCUGGAUCAAUUCCCAGACGUGACCCGGGACUACGCGAUCAUGGCUCGAUAUGUCAGAAUGCGCCAGCCAGACGGCGGUUUAUCACCCCCUGAAUCGUUACAUUCGACUAUCUCACGUUUAAGGCGGGGUGAUGAAUACCUAGUGCAAAUAUCGAAAGUAGAUGAGGACGGCAUGGCCAUCUGCCGGAUCAUGACAAAAGCUGAUUUGCUGAAGCAAAAGAAAGACAAAGAGAGAAUGCAGCAGGAGCACAAGAAGAGCUUGAAGCAAUCGGUACCGAAACAGAUUGAGUUGAACUGGGCUAUCGGCCCAAAUGAUCUGGAACAUAAAAUGACCCAAAUGAAGGGGUUCAUCAAGGAUGGAAAGAAAGUCGAGGUUGUUCUGGCAAGCAAAAAGCGGCAAAGACAGGCUACGCCGGAGGAAGGUCAGGAGGUGCUCAGGAAGGUCAAAGAGAAGCUUGCAGAAGCAGACGCGAUUGAGAUCAAAGAAAUGCAAGGCGGAGAGGUCGGAAAGCACACCGUGCUGACAAUAAGGAAGAAAGGCUUUGAAUAG